UUUCUUCAGCUAACACCUGCUGUUACAAACAGUAGGGAAAUGGAGAGUCAAUGACAAGCUACCCGCCGCUGCUGUUGUCCGAAAGGAGAUUGUAUCACCUAUUUUACAGAAAGGCAAAAGAAGUGAGGCUGGCUAUUGCUUUCUAACCUGGCACACGUCAUCAGCCAGAUCUUCAGGUAAUUUAUACAGCACAAACACGAGGAAGAGACCAUAAUCUGGAGGCAUUCACAGAGCAAAAGUAAAUGUUAAAGUAUCGGAGUGAAACAGCUUUGCAUCAUGGUCAGGUAGCUGUUGAGAGUGAUGGGGGUUUUCCGACAGUUUGGCCUCCUGCUCUGGAAGAACAUCACAUACCGCAGGAGGAACAAGAUCCAGCUGAUUAUCGAGCUCCUCUGGCCGCUCUUCCUCUUCGUCAUCCUCAUCUCUGUUCGUCAUUCACACCCUCCUUACAAACAGAGCCAAUGUCACUUUCCAAACAAAGCCUUGCCAUCAGCAGGCACCUUGCCCUGGAUUCAGGGCAUUAUCUGCAACAUCAACAACCCCUGCUUCCACAGCCCAACACCAGGGGAGACAGUGGGCCAAUUUGGCAACUUUGACAACUCCAUACUGUCUCGUCUCUUCGUGGACGUGGAGACUGUUCUGUCCUACAGUGGAAACCAGAGAUUCUCGGGCUUUCAGGACCUGAUGGAGAGUGUCCGAAGGCUGGGAGAGAGACCUGGAGCCUGGCCAAAUCUCCCAGUAGAAGAAUACCUGAGAGCCAAUGAGACGUUCUCCACCUUCCUCCUGACCAAUGGCAGCCUGUCGCCUGUGACUGUGGACCAGCUGCUGAAGGCUCAUCUCAAUUUUCAGGUUUCGGUGGCUGGAGCUCAGAUGCAGCUGAAGGACUUGGUGUGUAAUGCGAGCAUGUUAGGACAGUUUCUGACAGUGGAUGGAGGAGAAGACGCCAUGAAUGAUCUCCAGACUCAGCUGUGUAACCUGCCAGCUGACGUCCUGCGGGAAGCUGAACGCCUUUUCCUUUCUCAGCUCGACUUUACCAAGUUCUUCACAAGAGACCGUCUGAUGGCAAAUGCUGGAGACUUCAGGAUCAUCAGUGAGGCUGUCACCUCCGUUUCCCAGGAUCUGGCUGUCCUCAUUAAUGAUUUGUCCUCCCUCUCCAGCUUUGCGGACAUGAGCGCAGCUCUUCGUCUUCUGUCUCCAGAGAAUCGCUCAGCGUUGCCCAGGGAAAGUUUUCGCGCUUUUUCAAGGAUCAUGUGCGGUCACCCUGAGAUUGGCGGUGAGCGUAUCCCAUCGCUCAACUGGUAUGAGGACAAUGACAUCAAGUCCUUCUUAGGGAAAAACGGCAUGGAAGACACAGACAUGGACCAUGACAACAACACCACUCCAUUCUGUAAAAGUUUGAUCCGAGGUCUGGAGUCCAACCCUCUGUCUCGCAUUGUGUGGCGAGGAAUAAAACCUCUGUUUAUUGGAAAACUGCUGUACACACCAGACACUCCUGCAGUACAACAAGUCAUGAAAGAGGUGAACAAGACCUUCGAGGACCUGCAGGUCCUCCAGGAGCUGAAUGAAGCCUGGCUGGAGGUGGGACCACAAAUCAAGAGUUACAUGGAGAGCAGUGUGGAGAUUCAGCUGCUGCAGGAUUUGUUGAGGCGGCCAGAGGUCGCUGUUCUGGUCAACCUGCGUCUGGAGAACACGUCCUGGACAGCCUCGCGGAUCGCACGUUUCCUGUCAACACCCUCGCCAGACACCCCAAGGAAGCCCGGAGCAGCGCCUACCUGGCUGGACGUCUACAACGACCUCAGCCACACCAUCACCACGCUCGCACAAGUCACUGAGUGUUUCUCUCUGAACAAGCUGGAGGGGUUGGAGACUGAGGGUCAGAUGAUUGACAGGGCUUUGGAGCUACUGGAAGACAGGCAGUUUUGGGCAGGUGUGGUUUUCCUGCUGCCCAACUCCUCGUCCCCUAACCUGCCGCCCCACGUAACCUACAAAAUCCGAAUGGACAUUGAUGAUGUGACCCGGACCAACAAGAUCAAGGACAGGUUUUGGGAUCCUGGUCCAGCAGCCGACCCAUUUAAUGACAUGCGCUACAUUUGGGGCGGCUUCGUGUACGUCCAGGACCUAGUGGAGCGAGCUGUGAGCCGCAUCCUGACUGGAGUUCAACAAACAACCGGCAUCUACAUCCAGCAGAUGCCCUACCCCUGCUACGUGGAUGAUGUUUUCCUUCGAGUGCUGAACCGCUCUCUGCCACUCUUCAUGACACUGGCCUGGAUCUACUCGGUGGCCAUGAUCAUCAAAGGCGUGGUGUACGAGAAGGAGGCGAGGCUGAAGGAAACCAUGAGGAUUAUGGGUCUGGGAACGGGAACGCUGUGGUUCAGCUGGUUCAUCAGCAGCAUCGUCCCUUUCCUGAUCUCUGCAGGGCUCCUUAUUGCUCUGCUCAAGUGGGGGGACAUCCUGCCAUACAGCGACCCAACUGUUGUGUUUUUCUUCCUGACGGCGUUUGCCAACGCCACCAUCAUGCAGUGUUUCCUCAUCAGUACCUUCUUCUCUAAAGCCAACUUGGCUGCUGCAUGUGGAGGGCUGAUCUACUUCGGGCUUUACCUGCCAUACGUACUGUGUGUAGCCUGGAGAGACCGCCUCAACACCACCUACAGAGUCCUUGCUAGUUUCCUGUCCCCCGUGGCCUUUGGCUUCGGCUGUGAGUAUUUCUCUCAGUAUGAAGAGCAAGGCGUGGGCAUCCAGUGGUACAACCUCCACUCCAGCCCCGUGGAAGGAGACUCAUACCGCUUCACUACCUCUAUAGUCAUGCUUUAUGUGGACGCCUUCAUCUACGCCACCGCAGCCUGGUACAUUGAGGCAGUGUUUCCUGGUGAAUAUGGGAUCCCCAGGCCCUGGUACUUCAUCUUCCAGAUGAACUACUGGGGUGGAGUUCCCCUCGAGGUGGGCUUACCGAUCCCCCCCGCACCCACAGAACAGGAUGAAGAUAACAUUGAACCAGAACCUGUUAACCUGGUCCUGGGUGUGAACAUCAGAAACUUGGUGAAAAUCUACAAGAAGGGAGCCAAACUGGCCGUCAAUCACCUCAACCUGAAGUUCUACGAGGGGCAGAUCACCUCUUUCCUCGGCCAUAACGGAGCCGGCAAAACCACCACCAUAUCUGUCCUGACUGGCCUGUUCCCACCCACCUCGGGCACUGUGUACAUCAAGGGGAUGGACAUCCGCUAUGACAUGGAAAUUAUCCGGAAGACACUGGGAGUUUGUCCACAACACAAUGUCCUGUUUGACAUACUAACAGUGGAGGAGCAUGUGUGGUUUUAUGGGUGUCUGAAGGGUUUAUCUGAAGCAGAAGUAAAAGCUGAGCUGGACACUCUGCUGGAAGAUGUCGGCCUGCUGCACAAACGACAUGAACAGACCAAAAACCUCUCUGGUGGCAUGCGGAGGAAGCUGUCUGUGGCGAUCGCGUUUGUUGGAGGCUCUAAAGUGGUUGUUCUGGAUGAACCCACAGCCGGCGUUGAUCCUUACUCCCGCAGAGGGAUCUGGGAUCUACUGCUUAAAUACCGCAAAGACCGGACCAUCAUCCUGUCCACCCACUACAUGGACGAGGCAGAGCUGCUCGGUGACCGGAUCGCUAUCAUCUCACAGGGGAAGCUGUGCUGCUGUGGCUCACCGCUCUUCCUCAAAUCCCGCCUUGGAUCUGGCUACUACCUCACUGUGGUGAAGAGGGAGGGACUGGACACCAGCACUCCCAGCAGUACCAGUAUCUGCACCAGUACCAGCAUCAGCACCAACAAGCUGCCUCCUCUCAAGGACAGUGAGUCAUCCAUGAGUGAGGACACCGGCCUGGGAAGUGAGGAGAGCAGUUCAUACCUGGCGGCGUUGCUUUCCCUGGCACAGCACCACAUCCCGGGUGCGAGGCUGGUGGAGGACUCAGGGCGCGAGGCGGUGGUCAACCUGCCGCAGGCGGCUGCCAAGGACAGCAGCCUGGCCGUCUUCCUGUUUGAACUGGAUCAGAGACUGACCGAGAUGGGCAUCAGCAGCUAUGGCCUGUCAGACAGCACACUGGAGGAGAUCUUUUUGCGAGUGGCAGAAGAAACCGGCGUGGAUGCUGAACCAGAGCUGCAGGCUGAAUCUCCCCACAGGCAGCAGCCAUCAGCUGCACAGAGGGCUGAGAGUCAAAAUGCUGAAGAACCAGAGACAGGAAGGAAAAGGCUCCGUAAGCAAGAACCUCAGGAGACAGACCUGCUGAGUGGAGAAGGCCGAGGUGGGAUCCCCCUGACCGGCUGGUGGCUGACCUGGCAGCAGCUGAGAGCUCUCUUCAUCAAACGCUUGCUUUAUGCUCGAAGGAGCCGCAGGGGCUUCUUCGCUCAGAUUGUCCUGCCUGCUGUGUUCGUGCUGGUCGCUCUGCUCUUCAGCCUCAUUGUUCCUCCGUUUGGGAAGUAUCCAGCUCUGCAGCUGCAGCCCUGGAUGUACGGAGAACAAUACACCUUCUACAGCAACGACGCACCUGGGAACCCAGCCAUUGAGAACCUGCUGGAGGCUCUGCUGGACCAGCCAGGUUUUGGUACCAAGUGCAUGGAGAAAGAGGAAGAAGGCAACAGCACUAGGAGUCCUCAGUGUGAAGGCGUGCGGGGCGGCCUAUUCAUGCGACCACAGGUCUCCUACUCCACCUGGCAAAUGUUCAGCAGAGGCAACUGGAGCAAAGACGCACCGUCUCCUGACUGUCAGUGUAGCACAGAGGAUGUCCGCCGGAUGCUCCCCGACUGCCCGCAGGGUGCCGGUGGAAUUCCGCCUCCACAGAUUAAGAGGCUGACUGGAGACAUCCUACAAAAUCUGACAAGUUAUAACAUCUCUGAUUACCUGGUGAAAACCUACUCUCAGAUCCUCAAGAAAAGCCUAAAAACCAAGAAGUGGGUGAAUGAAUUCAGAUAUGGAGGUUUCUCCCUCGGGGGCAGCGCCACUCAGACUUUAUCUCAGGUCCACCUUGUCCAAGACUCGAUCAUAGCGAUCAGGACUCGUUAUCGAGUUCCGCAGAACAGUUCAGUGGAUCAUCUGCUAAACAGACUGCCAGAUGUUCUACGAGGACUGAACAGUCGAAACAAUGUCAAGGUGUGGUACAAUAACAAAGGAUGGCAUGCCAUGGUGUCAUUUGUCAACGUGAUGAACAACGGCCUGCUGAGAGCCAGUCUGCCACCAGGUCCAGAGAGGAAAAAGUACGGCAUCACUGCCUACAACCACCCGCUCAACCUCACCAAGGAACAACUCACGGAAAUGGCCAUGAUGACCACAUCAGUGGAUGUUCUGGUUUCUAUCUGUGUGAUCUUUGCCAUGUCCUUUGUACCGGCAAGCUUCGUCCUUUUUCUGAUUGAGGAGCGAGUCAGCAAAGCCAAACACCUUCAGUUUGUCAGCGGGGUCAAACCAAUCCUCUACUGGCUGGCCAACUUCACCUGGGACAUGUUGAACUACACGGUCCCAGCCACCAUGGUGGUGCUGAUCUUCAUCUGUUUCCAGCAGCAGUCGUACGUCUCAGAGACCAACCUGCCUGCUCUCGUCCUGCUCCUCCUCCUCUACGGGUGGUCCAUUACCCCUCUGAUGUACCCAGCAUCCUUUGUGUUCACCGUCCCCAGCACAGCCUAUGUGGUUCUGACCUCCAUCAACCUCUUCAUCGGAAUCAACGGCAGCAUCGCCACCUUCGUCCUGGAGCUGUUUGUUGACGAGCAUCUGAACGAGGUGAACAGGAUCCUGAAGAAGGUGUUUCUCAUCUUCCCUCAUUUCUGCCUGGGACGAGGACUCAUCGACAUGGCCAAAAACCAGGCCAUGGCAGACGCCUUCCAGAGACUGGGCACAAAGCAGACCCUGGACCCUCUUCAGUGGGACUUCGUAGGGAAGAACCUAUUUGCGAUGGCAGCUGAAGGUGUUAUAUUCUUCAUCUUCACCAUACUGCUGCAGUACAAGUUCUUCAUUCGCUUCAGGCCGUGGUGGGCCAAGCCUGAGAUGCCUCCUCUUGGUCCAGAGGACGAGGACGUUGCCAGGGAGAGAGAGAGGGUCAUAAGUGGCAAAGCCCAGUCAGACAUCCUCACCAUGAUCGACCUGAGCAAGGUUUAUAAAUCAGGCAGGAAGCCGGCAGUGGAUCGUCUCUGCCUCGGAAUCCCUCGUGGCGAGUGUUUUGGCCUGCUGGGGGUGAACGGAGCAGGGAAGACCUCUACCUUUCGCAUGCUGACCGGAGACACGGCCAUCACCUAUGGAGAGGCUUUACUUAAUCACCACAGUGUGCUGACAGAGAUGGAGCGAGUCCACCAGCUGAUGGGUUACUGUCCACAGUUUGACGCCAUCAGCGACCUGCUGACAGGUCGGGAACAUCUGGAGCUGUACGCCCGCCUACGGGGAGUUCCAGAGGAGUCUGUCACCAAGGUGGCGCAGUGGGGCGUGAAGAAGCUGGGACUGACCCAGUACGCUGAGCGGGAGGCUGGAGGCUACAGCGGAGGCAACAAGAGAAAACUCUCCACUGCCAUCUCCCUCAUCGGGGCUCCACCUGUUAUAUUCCUGGAUGAGCCCACCACUGGCAUGGACCCAAAAGCCAAAAGGUUUCUGUGGAACUGCAUCCUCAGCGUCACUAAAGAGGGAAGAGCUGUAGUUCUCACCUCCCACAGUAUGGAGGAAUGUGAGGCUCUCUGCACCAGAAUGGCAAUCAUGGUGAACGGCAGAUUCCAGUGUCUCGGAUCUGUACAACACCUGAAAAACAGGUUUGGUAAUGGCUACACCAUCAUCCUUCGUUUGGUGGACGCUAAAUCCAACCCGGACUCGUGCCCCAUCAGCACCUAUAUGAAGAGCUCUUUUCCCAGCAUCGAGCUGAAGGAGCGCCACCAGAGCGUGCUGCAGUACCAGCUGCCCUCACACGCCUGCUGCCUGGCUCGUGUCUUCGAAGUGCUGGCCAACAACUAUGAGGAGAUGGGCGUCAUCGACUUCUCGGUUUCACAGACUACCCUGGACCAGGUGUUUGUCAACUUUGCCAAAGAGCAGACAGAUGACGACUUCCUCACAGAUGUGGUCAUCAGCAACCUCACUACACUGCACACUAGGAUUAACACUCCCACCAUCCAACCACAGCCGCCAAUCACUCCCCCUCAUUCAAGCCAGACUCCACAGCAGCAUGGGAAAUCAUCUGACAGCAAACCAAAAGAGCGUAAAUCAAAGAAGCCAAAAGUUGGCAAGGACAAAUCUAAAGACGGCAAAGCUAACGGAGAGAAAAGCAGCAGUACGGCAAUGACCAGAAUACCUCAGAGAGAGGAGAAGGCUCAGAGAACAAGCCGGAGGGGCAGCAGUGGAUCAGACAGCAGUAACGAUGGAGUUCAGGGAGAAUCCAGUAAAUCCAGUAAGUCCAAACACAGAGAAGAGAGCUCCAGUAAAAAUCCUUCUGCACUCUUUAUAGUCGACGGCAACACACAGGACAGCACACUGUAAAGUAGACUGGUGCAAGACGAGCAGAAGAUGCAGGUUCAAUGGACCAACUACAGUCAAAAGCUUUUUAUUACUCACUGUUUGUCAUUUGAAUGUUUUUCAAUGCUGACAGCGACCAUAAUAUGCAACAUGGAAUGGCACAGCUCAUCAGAGUUAAAAAUGGAAAAGAUGGACUUUGAAAUUUACUUAGAGGUAAAUUUAUCCCCUUGGCCUCCUCUGAAGAAAGAAAGUUAGUACUUCCUAAUAUGGCUUUGGUGCCUUGUUCACCCGUUAACAUAUCUGCAGCUUCUUAGCCUUUAUUUGGGUUUAUACAUCUUACACUGUGUCUUCUCGUUCUGUAUUGACAUCAUCAGUCCAAAGUUAUUUAUCCUGAAAGAACAUUAUGCAAGGCUCAAUGUAAAAACAAGGGGUGGCGUUCCUCAGGGCUCAAUCAUUAGAACUCUCACAAUCUCAUCUUUAUUUUGCAGAAAGCACUUUAAAAAAAGAAAAUGCUGCAAACAUUCAAACAGUAACUGAAAUACAUGUGUUAUAUGUAAUUAUAAAGAUGAUUUCUAGGUAUCAGAAAGCAUUUUAAGGGGUGGUUUUCAGAACGAUAUACAGAAUGUCCUAUGUGAAGAGAAUAGUUAUUGCAAGUUCGUUGUGAAAUACCUCUUUGCAAGAACUUUACAAGUGUUAUUGUUUUCUUGUGUAAGUCAAGAAAUCAAGAAUUUGUUUUAAAUAUUCUAUUUUUUUUUUAUUUUGUGUUAUUGGGUAACAGUGUCACUGUCCAAACAGAGGCUUAUUACAUAUGGGGGGGGGGGGCGUCUUUACUUUCUGCCUGGUAUUUACUCAUUUUGGUUUUAAAUAUUUUCAAAAUAUAAAACUAUUAAAAAAAGUCCAGACACAGAGGUGCAACUGCAGAGUGUCAGAGAUACACAUUAUUCUACAUAAUGCCAAACUACAGUACUCCAAAUUAAAUUAAAGUAAUUAUAAUAGAUCAAAGAAUUAAUAGUACGUUCAGUCUGAGCUGCAAACACCAGACACAACAACGCCUUUGGUCAACGGUUGUUUUUUUCAUGCAUUUAAGUUUCUUUUGAUAAACUCUGUAUUUCUUUUCUUUUUUUCUAUCAAAAAAUGACACAGCUGACUGAAUGUCCAAAGCAGGUUGUUACUGUAAUGCACUGUUACAUAUUCAAAAGAUUGUUACAAUCAUAACUAUCGGCAUGAGACCAACAAGUUUUGGAAGGAUUUUAUUCCAAAAUACAAACUGUUACAAUAUAAAAUGUUUAAAAAGGUUAAAUGUAUUGAAAAAGCUGAAAUAUGCAGAACUUAAUGUACUUUUGAGGAAUUAUGCUUGAAAAGUUAUACUUGAACAUUAAUUUAUCUGUGCAUCUACUAUAAGAUGUACAUUAUAUACUGAAGAUAUGCUAGCAUAGAAAAAGAAAAACGGGUAUAUGUCUGUUGUGAAUGUAUUGUCCUGAAGGAAAAUAAAACUAUAUGGUUUCCUGUAUCAUUUAAAAAAAA